UUGCCGGUUGUUGUCCUCUCCCUGGCCGUAAGCAGUCUAAAAACUUCCAGGAGAAGACGGAGCAUAUCACAAGCCAGGCAGACUGGCUAUUGUACCUGAUUUUCUCGUGGAAGUGCUAUUGUGCGGUGUAUAUGCCGGAGGUGCUAUACACCACCAGCCGAGGAGUGCGGGGGAUCAUACCAUCAUAUCUAGCCCAGAUCUCCCCGUGUGCCAUUGUUGACAGCGGGCAGCAGUAGUCGAGGCGUUUUGGGGCGAGCGCGUUAGAGCUUCAUAUCUCGCUGAGAGUUGGACCCGCCUACGAGGGUGGUGUGCUGCGAAGGAGCAGCGCAAAGGAGAGCAAGAGUUGUUGCUGUCGGUGCUCUCCUGCUGUCUAAACGCCAACGAAACGCGGCGGGAUAAGACAGACAUCAUCAUGUCAUCUGCAACUAACGGCCCCAGCGGAGAUGAUGAUAUCGACCCGCUUGACGCCUACAUGGACUCCCUCGCCGACGAGGUCACCCAGCAAGCCGAAGACGACACCGUCCAGCCCCCACCAUGGUCGCCGUCAAGUCAGCAGCCAUCCCCGGCACAGCUUGAGGUUGCCGACAAGGUGGCUGCUAGUCCAUUCUGCAACGUGCUCCCUCCUGCGACCACGUCUUCUUCUGCCGAGGCUGCGGAGGCGUGCUUGAAGCUGCUGCUGCAUCAACCCGGAGAGUUUUUAAGUCGGUUCGGGCACAUCCUUACGCCAGGGGACCUGGAGUCUCUGCUCCCUUCUCAAGACCCCGCUGUAGCCCUCCACGUGGCAAGACUGAAAACACUCAUGCUGUCCCAACAGCAACGCCAACAACAGCAGCAACAAGCAGCGGUUGCGCGUUCAGCCGAUGAAGAGGAUGUCGACAUGUCGCCUCCAACAACAGCGACAACGACGACUCCCGCCGUAGCAGCAGCCGUGGGAAUGGGUGGCAGUGGCCGCGGUGGCAUCGUUGGCGGGGGCGGGGGAGACAACAGCGGCGGGGCUAGGGUGCGCAAUCGGCGAUAUAGGAGGCUGCAGCAGCUGGCAGAAGGAGGGGUUUGGUUCAGCGACGAGGCGAUGAAGGAGAGGGACCCCUGGCUGUGGUUCGAGUACGUGGGGAAACAUGCGGGGGAGGAGAAGCCGGCACCAAAGCAAGCGGUAGAAGAGGUUCCCGGAAGCACGUCAGUUGGCACGUAUCUUCAGGAAAGCUUGGGUUUCCUGUCCCAGAAACAACCGAAUGGGGGGUGGCCCACAGGUUUGCCAACUUCUGGCGCUGGUGCUGGUUCCGGUGCCGGUGGUUCGAGGGGAGCUGGUACGUCGUUAGGGAUGGCGUUUCUCUCCGGCGUAUGCGCAGACGCUGGCGCUCGAGAUGUGGCGGCGGGGGAAACCGUAGAUUCCAGCGACGUCCCAGAAGCGGCAUCGUCGCAGGCAGAAGUGACGGCAGUCCCUAUCGCUUCCGGGAUGCCUGAUGGCCGGGAGCGGCAUGCCUGCGAGGACGACGUGGACGCUAGAGCAGCGGCGGUGACGGCGGCGGUGGGAGCUAUCGGUCUCCAAGACGAUGGCAAGAAGGCCGACGUUGAUGGCCGACGUGUUCGGUUUUCGGAUGAAAUGGGUUCGGAUGGCGGAGGGGGGUCGGGUGUAGAGGAUGAUGGAGCCCGGGAUGGGGAUGGCGAUGACGGGAUGCACGAAGAGGAGGAAGAGGAGGAGGAAGAGGAGGUGGGGCGAGAGGAGGUCGCCCGAAUUUUGUCGGAGAGGUUUCUGGCCGGGUUGGAGCAGGGCGUGGACUACAGGAGUGUGGACGGGGACGAGAGGCUGGACGACUUGGACCAGCUCUCGAGGGACGAGCAAGAUCGAUGGUUCCUGGGCGAGGAAGAAGACGGCUCGAUGGACUUGGUUGCCUAG